UAGAAAGAAGUACGAGUAAUACUUUCGAUUUCUAUACAUCGAACAGGUAUCUGUCUGGUUGAAAGAAAUCAUUCGUUUCUAUGGAAAUAUGCGCACACUUUGCGAAGAAUAACUGGAUUUGAACCAGGCGCGAGAGUAAAAUACAUAAUUUUCACAUCAAUAUAUAUUUGAAAGUUAAUCAAGUCUUCAAUAAUCUGAUAUUGGUAGCAGUUGUUUACUGGCUGAACUUGAAUAAUAAUGAAGAUCGGUUACUGAAUAAGUUAACAUGCCUCAUUACGAUGAAAGUUUUAUUUACGAUGAUAAUCAAAAUCAGCGGAGAAAUAAAAGGAGUUACAGAGUUUACAAAAACGGAAUAAAUCCCUUUUUGGAACCCAGCGAAGUACUACAUGUCCUAGAAGAAAGAGGAUCAUCAGUUAUAAAACGAAAUAUCAGAAAUAUUAAGCAGCGUGGCCAUCGCUUUAAACCUGAUUCGCUUCCAAGUGAAAAUAUACAUCAGAGCAAACGUACGGGAAAUUUCAAAAUAUUAGUAGAUCCAUGCCCACGUUUCACUUGCUAUGACGAAAAAACAUACUACGACCUUCAAAACAACAACAUCUUAGCGCUCACUACUUGCAAAAGUUUUGAUAAUUUGACAUUGACCCAAGUUAGAAGCAAUGGCGGCAAGGAAAAGAACAUCAGAAACGGGAUUAGUCUGCAAAAUUUGGUGCAGGACGAAGAAAAUAUACAGCAUUAUGUAUCACCGAGAGAAGAGCCUUUCUCAGAUACAAAAAAGGGCGAGACAAGAAAUUCAUACUCUGUCGUUGACGCACGACGGCAUCCCUCGCAUCGGAGAGUCUCCCGCGGAACUGCGGCACCAGGUGUCGGCAUCUAUCGGCAAAUAAGCAUUGAAGGAACAGCUCGAAAAGUAACACGGGAGGGCGACGGGUCCGGCGAGCCAGGCUCGGGGCACCGCGGGUCGCUGCGGGGCGCCAACAAGCUCGCGCGACGCGCGCGCUCCUUCAAGGACGACCUGCUCGAGCGCAUCUCCAACAUGCGCUCGCCGGCGCAGCAGCACCAUCCGCCGCAUCUGUCUUCAGCCAUCCGGUCGCACUCGCCGCUUAGUCCCAAGAUACGCAACAUGGCGUCCAAGGCAUCUACGGCUGAGGAAGGGGAGUUAACACCGGCCAAAGAACUGGAGGGGCUAGUCAAAGAAGUAACCUUCGGUUUGAAACAUUUUUCCGAUGUCAUUACCAAGAGAAAGUUGGAAAUGCUCCCCGACAACGGCACUAUUGUUUUCGAAUCUAUCGCUAAUAUUCAUAAAGCAAUAAAGCCAUACAGCGGUCGGUCGCCGUCGCUGCUGAGCGCCGUGAAGCGCCUCUGCAACGCGCUAGCGACGCUGAUCCGCCUGUGCGACGAGAUAGCGGCCGUGAGUCUGCGCGCGGACGCGGGCAACGAGGAGAUGGACGCGUCGGCGCUGUCGGCCGAGCACGUGUCCACCGUGGUGAAAGGCGUGACGGCGGCCGUGGAGGAGGUGGCCGCCCUAGCGCAGCAGCACAUGGCGCGCCCGGCGCUGUCUCCGCGACCCGCGCUCGUCUCACCGCGCGCUUCUACGCAACGGAACUCUUUGCCCGACAUUCCGUUAACGCCGAAGGAGCGGUCGCUGCUGACCGGCGACGCGGGCUCGGAGUCGGCGGUGGUGCGCGCCUCGCACUCGUCCGAGUCUGUGCUCGACGCGCCCGACUCGCCGCCGCCUAAGCCGGCGCGCCCCAACAGGAAAAUGGAGUUGGCCCCACCUCUGCCGCCCAAGCGACGCUCGGCGAAUGAAAACUCCCUCAUAGCACAAUCCAUUGACAGACUGUCCCUGCAGUCUCACAGCAGCGGUUCGCUGGACUCGAUGCUCAACGUGUCCAACGAGGAGGAUCGUCACGCGCACGAGUCCAACAGUCACGACCGCGUCUUCGUCACGCCACCGUCUUCCGAAAUAGUCGGCAUAUGCAGCUGCCACAGCGGCAGCGAGAUGCGCUCCUCGCUCGAGUCGCAGGAAUCUCACGCCAACAGUAUUCACGUACACUCGCACUCGAACCACAAUCGGUACGUCCACCAUUUCUCCAAUGAGUCAGGUUUCGCAUCGCAGGGCCAAGCCGAAAUGUCUACGGAACACAGUUUCUCGUCGACUUUCGCUUCGCACCACUACUCGAGUCACGCGGACAGUAAUUUUGAAAGUACACUGUAUGUGAACGAAAUGAUGGGCACCCGUCAAAGUAUUGAGAGCUUCAUGAAUGUACAUAUGACAAAUGCAACCACUCAUCAGUCUGUAAGCACAAUGUUGCCGAGCAUCACGUCAGACGAGAGCGAGGCGCCGCCCGAGCUGCCGGUGAAGACGCGGCGCAGCAACCGCGCGGACGUUCAGCAGAGCUUCCCUAACGUUGAAAUCAGACAAAGCCCGGUGUGCUCGCUGCACGGCGAGGCGCGGCCGCACACGCUGGCCGAGCACCACCCCACGCGGCCGCCCCCGCUGCCGCUCAAGAAGAAACACAUGUUUCAAAGCGUCGCAUACAGCGUUAUGGCGUAUAUGGAGAUGUUCGGCAACUGCAGUCACCCGCCCAACAACGCGGCCGCGCCGCCAGACAUGUUCCGGCACUCUAUUCAUACAUACAAUCUGGCAAGUGCGCAACACACGGGCGGGAGCACUAUGGUGCAGCGCCACCAGCACGUGCAACGGUCUAUAGCGCAGUCGUUUACUGUGCAGCACUUUAGCAGUCCACCGGUGUUGAGUGGGUCCGAGGACAGCGUCAGUCUGACCACGUCUGGCGGGACCAGCCCCGUGCCUCCCGAGCUACCACCAAAGAUGAAUAAAACUAAGAUUCAAAUCAAUUCGAGUAAUGAACUUCUUCCGCCUCCUUCGCCUCGACCUUCAUCGCACAAUAGCUCUACAUCCGUUGAAGACACCACUCACAACAAUCUGAACUGUGAUGAAUCUUACAUUAGUACUUCGACGCCGGUCAAAUUCCCCGUCGAGGACGAGCACGAGCUGCUGCCGCCUGAGCCGACGCCGUCACCGGUGCCGUCGCAGAAGAGCGAAAGCAGUAGUGAGCCUAUUGCGGCCACAAAAGAGUCUGACACCGCUCCUCCGGACGCCGAUCCUGAAGACAUCAUACUGCAAACCGACAUCAGCUCGAACUUACUUCUGAAGGCGCCCAGCAAAGAUGGGCCUGAGGUGCGGGGCGGCCACCCGGACGCUCUCAUCGUCCUCGCCACUAAGGCUACCAAAGAGACGGACGAGUACUUCGCGUACCAAGAGGCGUUCCUGGCCACGUACCGCACGUGGGUGGCGUCGCGCGAGCUCGUGGCGCGGCUGACGCGCCGCGCGCACCACUUCAAGUCGCGCCCCCACGAGCUGCGCUCCACGCUCAGUCUGCUCACGAGGGUAGUCAAUGAUCUUACGAUGACGGAUCUUGAAGAAUCUCUAAUGCAGAAAAUUAUGGAAUUUAUUUAUUGGCUCAUUGAAGUCGAAGAGUUGCCAAUAGCUAAAGCACUAAGGCAAAUUUUGGUUGACAAGCAAAAGCAGUUGCAUAAUCAACAACAGGCCAACACUAGAUACGAGUACGAGUCUCCGUGCUACUCGAGCGUAUCUCUCCGGCGCGACACGCUGCUCGACUUCAAGCCGUCGGAGCUCGCGGAGCAGAUGACGUUGCUGGACGCCGCGCUGUUCGCGCGCAUCACCACGGCCGAGGUGCUGUCGUGGCCGCGCGACCAGUCCGAGGAGAGCUCGCCCAACCUCACAAGGUUCACGGAGCACUUCAAUAAGAUGAGCUACUGGGCACGCUCGCGAAUUUUAGAACAGGACGAAGUGCAAAAACGGGAACGCUACGCCCGGUGCUUUCUAAAAGUUAUGAAAGCGUUGCGUAAAAUCCAUAACUUCAACUCGUACCUGGCGCUGGUGUCGGCGCUAGACUCGCCGCCCGUGCAGCGGCUGGGCUGGCCGCGCGCCAUCGUGGAGGCGCUGCACGACCACUGCGCCAUCAUCGACUCGUCUUCCUCCUUCCGCGCCUACAGGAACGCCCUGGCGGAGACGCAGCCGCCCUGCAUACCCUACAUUGGUCUAGUACUCCAAGAUCUGACUUUCGUCCACAUCGGCAACCCAGACCUAUUGCCCGACGGAAGCAUCAACUUCACAAAACGAUGGCAACAGUACCACAUCAUGGAAAAUAUGAAGAGAUUCCACAAAGACAGACAGUACAAGUUUAAGAAGAACGAACGUAUCCAAGCCAUGUUCAACGAGUUCGACGACGUGUUGAGCGAGGAGGCGAUGUGGCAGAUAUCGGAGAGCUUGAAGCCCCGCAGCGGGCGGCCGCGCGCCGCCGCCGCGCCCGCGCCGCCCGCGCCGCCCACUGCCUAGCUAGCGUCGCUGCUCAACUGCGCCCGGCUGACUAUGGCGAUAAAAUUAGAAUCCAAAGAAUAAAAAAGACCAAGAAAUCGUAUGGACGAGAAAAGCUGGCUUAUAUCGAUGAGGAAUUGUGUAAGUUAAGAUGAAAUGUGAUUAUCUGUCCUAAAAAGGCCUAAUUAUUUUAGUGUAUUAAUAGUAAGUGUGCGAUUUUCAACUGUGAUGGAACCGGGAGGAACGUCGAAGCGCGCCGGCCGGCGUUUACCUCGCUUCAAAUCUCAAAGCUUUUCGUGUGGAACGAAUAAAUUAAAUCAUAGUAAAGUUUGAAGCCAAAUAUUCACUAUCAGUAUUUGAGUCGGAUAUACUAUCGUCUUAUACAUAUCAGCAUGUGACUUGUGUAGUGAACUAAAUAAACAAGUGACGCCGUGGUGUUUAGAAUAAUGUCCUUGAUAUUCUUCUCGUUGUUGUAUUUGCCAUUGGUGUCGAUAUCUAAGUAAAUUUGCUUCGAAAAUUUAAACAUUACAUACAUCGAAUUAGAUAACCUUUUGAAGUAGGAAUUUUGAAUACAGUGUAGUAAAUUAGAGUACAGUGUCAAUUACUUUUACCAUUACUCUUAAAGUAGGAACCAAAUCUAUUGCAGAAAUGAUGAAAUAGUCAAAAAACCGCCAAAUAAUGAGUUUUUUUUAACAUGUUUAUUUUUUUUAUUUUUGGUAUAGAGAAAGCCUUUUUAAUAAAAGCAAAAGUAAUUGGCACUGUAGUGUUCGACUAGGCUAAGCGUGAAUUGUGCCGUGUGUCAAAUCAUUGAGUAAUUAAGCGUCGAUCUUAAAUAUGCGCUCAUCGCUAGGUACAAUGUGGGCUUUGCUUAUUAUACCCGACAUGUAGCUUGAUUAGAAUGUCAAUGCAUUACAUUCAACAUUAACAUACUGUGUGGAUUGGAUAUUAGACAUUGCCAAUCCGAUUACUUAACUUGCAUGUUGCAAUGAUGUUUAAAUAUAAGGAACAUACCUAGUUAGACUAUGUAAAUUACUGAUCCUAGUAAAUUGGUUACUGUACGAAAUGAUAAAUAAUAUUAAACUUGCAUGGCACUUUUAUAGAAUUACUAGGUACUAUUAAAUUGUAAUUUAACAGAAGAUGCGUACAAAAUUGUAUAAUAUGGAAUUUACUACAUAGAAUUCUAGUAUGUACAUUCCAUGUUGUACUGUGUCAAACAUGCAAUAAUAGAGUUGUGACUGUUAUUACAGGUCAGAAGUCAUAGACUAGCAACUUAAUCUGCCUCGUAAUUAGCUAUAUUCCAUACAAACUUUUAUUCCCAGUAGCAGCUGUUUAGAGGUUUCCAAUAUCACUUUAAGAUUGGUCAUUCUAAUCAAGUUUCAUAACAUAAUAAUUAAAAAAUAAACAAACAGUAGGUAGGUUAGUGGCGUCGCGGGAAUCAGAUUGUUAUAAUUAUCAUUAUAUAUAUUAUUAAUGUAUAAUAUGUUUCAGAAAAUGUAAAUCGUCUUUCAUAACAACAUAUUUAUUUAAUGUUUUUUUCUACAAUAAAAAUUAGCCUAAGUAUAUUUUGUUUUUGAUAUAUUAAAGAGGUUUUGUGUAUAUAUUCUUUUGUUUUUUUUUUACUGUAUUGCUGUAAAUGCUGGCAAAAUGUAUCCAAUAAACGGAGGUUUAUUUAUUUUUGUUUUAUAUAGCUACAAUUUAUACAAUCGAUACAUAAUAAAAAAGUGACAUUAGCCUAUUAACUACAACGUUGUUUUGGCAUCUCUUAACGAUAUGUUAUGAGUAUGAGAUUCAUACAUUUAUAAUGUAACAAGCAACGCCACUGACCAAUAAAAGUGUUAUACAAUAAUAAAUAAUGUUAUUCUAUCGGUGGGGUUAGACAACAUUAGCCUUAUAUGAUUUAUACAAUUAUAUGAAACAGGACGGAUUGUUUUGUUUUUAAAGUUGAGAUAAUAGUUAUUUAUAAAAUUUGUGUAAUAGGGCUUCCAUGUUAUGAAAACAUCGUACAAGUAAUUUUGCUAAAAAAUAAGAGAAUGGACCCUCACUUCUCAAGGCAAAAUCCCCGCCCUCAAUUCAAUACAUUCCCGUAAUAAAUCAAUCAACUGCGUGCCAAAUUUUAAACACAAAACAAAGUGUCCUACUUUCAUAUUAUGUUUACCUACUAGAGUAAUUUUAAAGGGAUCGCGGCAACGUUUGAUGAUGGCAUAGUACAAUUGGGGUGACGUCAUUGUAAAUCGAAGCACUUAUAGUACAAAAUUGUACGUCAAAGUGAGAUUUAGCAUUUGACUUUUCACUAGCAUUGAAGUUAUAGGUAUCAUCAUCAUCUAAAACCUCUUUUACAAUCAAUAAGUAUCUUUAAAAUUGUACUAGGAUAAACGAAUCUUCCAACUAAUGUGACAGUUAUUAGGUUAGGUACAUCUUCCAGUUUUAAAGUACGCAUAGACCAUCCAAUGUUUUAAACUUUUAAACGAAUGUAAAAACGCCAUAAGGAUAAGUUAAUCAAUCAUCCAUUUAGUAGACAUAUUUAAUGCGAUAUUUUUGUGCAUGAUCUUUAAAAUAUUAAAGUCGAAGUUACUUUUUAUUUUUGAUAUUCAGAAAAUUAUAUUUUUCUUAUAAGUUGCUACCUAAAGGCAGCAACCAUAUUUGAAUAUAACAUACUUUUGAGAUGUUUACUUGUCUAUUCUAUGGUCACGGAUUGUGUCAUUUUACUCUAAGAAUUUUAGUGUCAGACGAGGCUUAUAUCGUAACCCAGCGCACGGAUUUUAUUCGCUGUUCUCGACAGCCGAGGGUCUAGAUAAUUUUUAGCAAGAAAUCAUAAUCGGUGUUUGUUUUGCCUUAAGACGAUCGAGUUCGAAUUAAAAGAAAUAGCAAUAAAUUUUGAUGGUGUUGUAGAAUCGUUGCACAAUUGUGAUACUACUCGUGUAGCGCUGCUUGCUACUCUGUCGUAUUGACGCCCUCGUUAUGUAGGCAAUUAUAUUAGAGAAUGUUAGCUGUAAGCGUUAAAAAACAAACCCCAAUAUUUAUCUGUCGCUAAGUUAAUGUAAUAUAUCAGGUAGUGCAUUAUUUGGAGGAACAUAAUGUUCCGUGCAAUAACUAGACCAAUAUUUAGGACAUUCUACAAUGCUUUACUUACUGAUUUUACGCUGAUGUAUUCUUGAGGCGAAGUAGUAGUAGUUUGUGUUAUAGGUGCAGCAUAGGAAACCUGUGGGCGACUUCUUUGUUUAAAACGUAGCUAGAGCGAGGUUUGAAAUUGUAUUAUUUAUAACCAAACGUCGGACUAUAGGGGGCAGUUUGAGGGCAAGGUAAGGUUUACAAAAAAAUCUUAACUUACGAGUAUUAUAAUGUACCUAGUAUUUGUAACAUAGUUAAUUAAAUUAGUUACCCGUUAUCAUUUAUUCAUCUUUAAUGUGUAAAUACUCUUUGAAGUGAUGACUGAUAGCCCACUGAAGUGGCCACUAAAAAAAAAAGUAGUCCAAGUACGUUUAUAAAUAACGCAGUUAGUUGCUAUGAUAUUUGGAAUUUCACAUUAUAAAUACUAGGUACCAAAUACUAAGUACAAAUACUCGAAAGUGAAUUGAUUGAUUUGCGAACCUUACCUAUCAUUCUGACAUGCCACGAAAAUGCCCGCUGGAGUCCGACGUAUGUUUAUAACAUUUAUAACUUAUAUUUUUAAAUGUUUUUUUUUUCGACAAAAGGGAAUUGUUAUUAAGAUUGAACAUUAUGCUUUUGCGUAUGCAUUAUAUAUGUAUUAUACAAAAAGAAUAUCUUACUCGAAAUAUAUACAAUAUAUAUAGAAGGUUUUAUUUAAAUAGUGCGUACAAUACUUAAAAUGUACAUGCCAGACACAAGCUUAAAGGAGGAAAUGGGACUGUUAAUAUGCCACAUGUCUUUUUGAUAGACUUCUUUGGAACUUUAGCUUAGCUGGCAACAAAUAGGUACAUAUAAACCAAUAAUUACUCAAUUACACACAAUAAAACUUCCAAUAAUGUUAGGAAUACUACCUAGUAUUCGAAACAUUUAUGGGAAGUAUUUUUAUCAUUUUGGGAAGUAAAGACCUGACAAAAAAAAACAAUCAUUAAUGUAUAUACCUAUACUUUUGUUUGGUUAUUGAAAUUUGAGAUAUUCGGAGUCCAUGUGGCAUUCAAGCUUUCCAUCCCGAACCCGUUACCAAUAUUUCUAUACCCACAUGAAAACAUCGGAAGUAUAGAAGUCGCACAGUGAAAAUACUCUUUCAGCCCGUAUUGAACUGCUGAGGACCACUUUACAUUCAAUGCAUUGAAAAAUAUGACGUUUGCUAGCUAUGUUCCUAAGAUCAUGAUUUUUGUUUGAUAUUAUUUAUUUAGUGUAAGAAUGUUUAUGUAAUUGUAAAAUUUAGUGACGGGAAAUAUAUUUAAAGACUGCAUUAAUUAAUUGUUCAUUAUAUUUGACAAUGUUAGGAUAUCCCAUUACUUCAUUGGAAAUAUAUUAGGUAUUUUGUAAGAUUGGUCUGGCAGUGACCAAGUACCGAACGGCUCCAAUAGAUUGCAAUAUUAGCAAUGAAAGUGUUAGCAACCUGUCGGGUUCGUUUUAAAGCCCGAGACGGCGAGCUCACAGGCGUGGGCCAAUAUUCCGCUUCUCAAGUUGUCUAUUCACGUCGCCGUAUUUGGGCUAAUACAGCUCUGAAUCUCUUUUGUUUUCUAUUUUAAGGAAUGAGAUGUUACACGAAUAUUUCGGAAAAAACGGUGCGGUGAAUAGGUAGCAUUAGAGGUUAACGCAAAGAGAGGUCGUCGAUGACGUAGGUAGAGGUUGGUCGUUACCUUAACUUACAGACCGGUAGGUACCUAUAGUUCGACUUGCAUCCACUGGUUUGUACGGUGAUUUGUUUACAAGUCGAUGUUUCAACAUAGCGGUUACGAUCGUAGAUAGAUUACAUCGGAAUGAACGGCAUACAUAUAAUUGUGUUGUAUUAGCGAGUUCAGUAUUAUGUUUAAAAGAAAUGCCAUAAUGUACGAAAUGGAUUAUAUUAUUAGUGUCUAUUCAUAAAACGAUUUUUUUACACCUUAUCAUAUUCAUGUUAAACCUUACUUUAAGUAAAGUUUUUUUUAUAUUAUAUUAUACAUUUUAUAAAUAUACUUUUUAUUGUAAAUUACGUUUUUACUGAGUUAACCAUAAAGACGUACUAAGUGUAUGUGAUUUGCAUGUAUGUACAGUCUAAAUCUGCGUGUCAAGUUUUUAUUAUUUGUAAAAUAAAAUAACACCAUAUUUACAAGACAAACAUGUUUUUCUUUAAUAUUAAGUUUUAGAGCGUAAAAUUGUAUACUUUUAUUAAUAGUAGAGGUGAAGUAGGUACUUUAAAUAAAUUAUCAGAGGAUC